AUGAGUCCCCUUUUCUUGUUGUUGACGUGGGUGUUGCCCAUUCCGCUCGUUAUUUGGAGCGCAAAGAAUGCAUGCAGUUUACCUCCAAAGGAAAAGGUUGCAAUUGACCUCAACCUUACUGGGGAGACCCCAAUUGGAGUUCGUACCCGUCACUCUGGAAUGAUUGUGAAUGGUCUCUACUAUCAUAUGAAAAGGGCAAUGGCGUCGGGCUACAGACUUGGCAAUAUCAAGUAUGGAGACCAACUUAUUCUUCCUGAAGAUGUGAGGGACUCUGAAAGAUACGUUCUCUUUAUAAACCCGGAGGGGUGUAAAAAGUAUCUUAGAGUUGUUACCAAGAGCAUUUAUCGUGGUAAACGGGAAAGAAGAAUCCACGAGUUUAUUGCAGAACCAACUGGUGACAGAUUCCAAAGAGUGGUGAGGACGCUUGUUCACAUUGACUUGUACACGCAAGGCAACACUGAGAUUAUAGAAGUGGAGGAAGAUGUAAAGAAUAUGACCAAAAAGUAUAGGAUACGGAGUGAAAUGAAACUCAAGUAUGCAAUUGGUGCUGUUCGAUGUGGUCGCCAAAUUAUUAACCGAAAGAUUCAAAAUAUAGUUGAUAGGGAAGUAAUUUGGGAAGGAGGGGCUCAUAAGCCUGAGAUAUCCAUUGUCACUGUGGAUAUAGAGGGAGAUAAGGGCGUGGAAAGGUAUGAGUAUACUGGAGAUGAAAGAGGAUUCCUUACCUUGGGUGUGUGGUAUACUCCAAUUUACACGACUCCAUCCGAUGAAAGUGACGGUGAAAAUGUGCGUAUUGUUACACUUGGCGCGUUGCUUCACGGGGGACCGGGGAAUAAUGUACCUCGUAGUCCUCCUCUCGAUCUUGCUCAUGGAUCUUGUCCUCCUCCUCCUGCUACCGUCAAUAUCCCCAUGUGUGAUAAUUUAGCAGGAUCCGAGGAAAGAGUAGCCAAGGCAUUCCGUGCAGUGGUAAAUCAGCCUAUACCAGAAGCUUUUGCGAAUCCUUACGGGUCCAUUCCCUUGAGCGCACUACAAGUUCCACCACCUCCGGACGCCCAUACAGGGGCUUUUAGGCCUUAUGUCCCUCAAGGGCACUGA